GUUUGAAUAUUUUGAAUGACGUCUGAAUAUUUAUAAUUAAUUCUGAAUAUUUUGAAUCAACUGAAUAUUUUGGAUGGAGUCUAGCGCCAUUUUGUGUUUUGAUGUGACCACAAUAACCACACCCAUGUGGAUGUUGGUGCCCAUGUGACACCAUGGAGUCUGCUCGGAAUCUUGUUUCAGCUAUUUUAAGUAAUGAAGAGAUCAUUAAUACACUUGCGAAUGCAUGUACUACAAGUCCAAAUAAUGUUAACAAUACUAAUGCUAACCGUGGGCAGUAUGCCAGUGUGGACGAAGAAGUGCACUCACUAUUUAAUCGUGGAAGACCGCCUGCAAUGAGCCCUAGAGGCCUGGCCCUGCCAGUUCCAAAUGCGCCCUUUACCUCCGCGGUGCCCUCCGCAACAAGCCGUGCCUACAAUCUUCGACCGUUCAACCGGAGGGGCUCAAAAUUCAAGAGGUUUCAGGAACAAUUAAGCAGUGUGGCUCAGUCUUUCACCAAAGAGGUCAUUCUCCUGCCAGACCAUACAUCUACACAUGUGCCGAGGCGUGACAGUAAAGCUUGGCUUUUUGAAAAUGGACAUAUAAAAUCUGCCUUGGAAUUUUCCUGUGACUGGGACGCUGACAAAGUAAUGCAGACAAUAAUGAUGGCUUUCCAGCCAAAUGUGGAAGGGUGCAGGUUACAAAUCUUGAUGCCGUGCCACUACAAGUUAGUUCAACCAUCCCUUAGCUCUAAUCAGACUUUGAAUGGACACCUUGUGAAAAAACUGUUUCAUCAGAAGUCAAUUUAUGUCAGGCCUGACAAGGUCAUUCUAAGUGAGGAAAAACAACCUUUAUGUUCUGAGGAAGACAACCGGACAAACAGCCAUGAUUUUACAGAAAUAUCAGAAACUGACAAACAUGUCACUGAAAGCAUGCCUGGCAUUCCCAAACAUGUUGUGUCGGCCAACUCCAUUGUUGAGGCCCCAUCCUGCUUUAGUGGUGAUCAAGUUGUCUGGUGUGUUGAUACCAAAGAUAUUUCCACCGAUGCACCCUCCAUCUCAGCUGACACCCUAACACUGUCCACUAGUGCUCCUGUCAUUAUUGAUGAAGAGACUCUCACCCCCUCCAGUGGAACUUCUGCUGUCUCCAGCAGCAACACCCAUCACUUGCUGAUCUGUCCCACUGCCAGUGCUAGUGCUGACACUCAUUUGUCCUCCACCAAUAUCUCCAGUGUGUCUCAUGGUCUCAACCAGCCCAGUGCAUCUGGCAGUAGUUUGUCCAGCACGUCCUACAGUGCAUACCUCGACCUAUUUGAGGAAGAAUACCACUCUGAUGACCCUGAUCUCCAGGAAGCCAUUUCAAGGUCUUUGGAUUGCAGAGUAAAUGAGAGUGAUUCAAGGAUGGCUUUAGAGACAAUUGUGGAACAGAUUUCUUCAAGGGUCAUUGAUGCCUGCACUGUACGCUUCAAUAUCAUAAGAAGAAAUGUGUGGGAUGGUGCAUCCAGAGCUAUGGGCAGAUCAAAUUUUUCACCUGAGAAGAAGGUGGAUGUGAAGUUUACAGAUGACUAUGGAACAUCUGAGGGUGCUGUGGACAAUGGAGGACCUACUCGGGAGUUUUUCCGACUUUGUCUUCAUGAAAUUAAGGACAAAAUUGGCAUAUUUGAGGGUCCACCUAAUGCAAAAGUCCUCACAUGCAACGCUAAAGUGAUGAAAGACAAUGGAUACUUCUAUGCUGGUCAGAUCAUGGCAAUGUCAAUUGCCCAUGGGGGACAGAGUCCAUGUUUCCUGUCUGAACUCUUGUACGAGUGUCUUCAAAAGGGUCCAGACAAUGUAAAGGUCACAGCUGAACAUAUUACUGAUGAAGAAACAAGGUCACAGGUGUUGUCGAUCUUACAGGCUGAGACUGAAACGCAACUGCAAGAUGCCGUUGCACAAGCAGCCAGCUUGAUCAACCUUGCUGGUCACAACGUUCGCAUAACACUUGCAAACAAACAAGAGACUGCUUUGGACUUGGCUCACUGGUAUGUCCUUCAGCGGACCCGUGCACAUUUUGAAAGGUUCAGAGAUGGCCUAAAAUCUCUAGGUGUCCAAGAUGCUCUCCAGAGAAACCCUAUACAGAUGAAGUGUCUUUUUGUGAAGGCUGAAAAGGCUUUAACAGCGACAGAUGUGGAGAAUCUCUUCCAGAUCAUUCAUUCUGAAAGGGGAAGUAAUGCAUUCCAACGAGAAUGCCGGGCCCUGGCUUUCUGGCAAGACUACCUCCAGGAUGCUGAAUUUGAAAAAGAUGUCCAUCUGGAGGAUAUUCUUGUGUUCUUCACUGGAUGUGACAGCAUUCCAGCACUGGGUUUCUCCCCAAAGCCAAGCCUCGAGUUCAUCACCUAUUCCCGAUUUCCAGUGGCCAAUACUUGUGAAAACAUUCUUCGCAUACCAAUUCAUUUAGUCUACUCUGACUUCAAAGCUGAUAUGAAUUUUGCCAUACGGAAUUCACCAGGAUUUGGAAGAGCGUGAGGUAUUAUGGAGGGCUUGAAGAGGUUGAGCGCUUGAGUUAUGAGGAAGAUAUGUAGUUCCUGUUUCGUUUAGUUUUUUUGAUGCAAAUUCAGCAUUUACUAUAAUAAGAAUAGGCACAAAUAGUCAAACAAUUUAAGUUAAAUUUGAUAUAUCUUAAGCCCUGGUUUUGUGUUUAAAAUUUAAUAAUGUGCAGUUGAACUUUUUUUUUUUUAAAUGUGAGGCACUUUGUUGACCACUACUGAACAACUAUGUUUGUCUCCACCCCUGGCAAUGUUGGUUGAUUAGUACCCCUACAGGGAACUGUAAACAAAAUACACAAAUUAAGCAUUAAAAUUUAUAAAAUCAGUUAGUUUAGGUUGUGACAAUGCCAUGUUUAAGGUUUGGAUUGUAAAGGCAUAAUUUUCAAUAAUAAGGUUGGUUAGGAAAAGGUCAAAGGGUUAAAUAAGAAUAUAAAUGACAAUGGUCAUAGUUACUAUCAAACACUGGGUUAGUUACAAAUGGUGUUUACAUUUUGUUUGAAAUGGGAGACAAACAAUGGCCUCCUGUAAUGUAAAGCUCAACCCCCAUUUCUAUGGCAGACGGUUCCCCCUCAUGCGUUGUGCAUUGGAUCUCUAACAAAGUGUUCUAUAUUCCUGGUUUGCAUGUACUGACUUAUUGUCCUUCAGUAUCUGUU